AUGGUCAAGCAUCUUCAGCCUCUUCCGAAAAAGUUGAUGUGGGAAACAAUCAAGAAGAUAUUGGUUCUAACACAAUCGAAGUGCAAGAACUCCUGUCUGCAAAAAAAUAUCAAUGGAGAUUUUUCGCAGCAUGGUCAUGGCUUUACAUGUAGGGCUACUGAAUUCAUUGAAGAGAAUAUUGUUGAGGCUAAAAAUUCAUUCAAGAUAUUGGAACUAAGAGGAGAUGAAUUUCCUCAGAUCGCAAAAACAGAGCGGCCAUUUAUAUUUAUCGAGGACACAGAGAGUUCUAAUGCUUCCAUCGACGGAACAGAGGCGACGACACGGCUUGGUCCCGCACGUCUGCGUAGGCAAGAUAUAGUCCUGUCAGAUUGCAGUUCACGGGAAAAGGACCGUGAGAAUGCGUAUUCAUGA